CUGCACUUAAGCUACCAGUCUUGCAACCUGAGCAGUUUGUUUUUCACUCCGCUGCUUUCUGUGUUAAGCGAAACACAUUUGACUCAGGUUACCCCUUUAACAAUGGCUUUUUGGGAAGAGCUUCUCCUGCAACCUACAAGUACAGGCAUAUUGCUUGGUCUUGUGAUGAUGUUUCUGCUGAUUGUUUAUCUCCGUUCUUCUGAUGCCAGCUCUCAGGAAGAAAACAAGGAGCCUCCGGGUCCUAAACCACUGCCUAUCCUGGGAAACAUGCUGCAGCUGAACCUCAAAAGACCCUACCUGACUCUAUGUGAAAUGUCAAAGAAAUAUGGAUCAAUAUUCACUGUGUAUCUUGGGCUUAAGAAAGUAGUUGUGUUAGCAGGAUAUCAAACUGUCAAACAAGCACUUGUAAAUUAUGCAGAGGAAUUUGGAAACAGAGAUAUUACUCCCAUUUUCUUUGACAUGAGCGAAGGAUAUGGAAUUCUGUUUAGCAAUGGUGAAAACUGGAAAGAAAUGAGGCGAUUUUCCCUCAGCAACCUUCGAGACUUUGGGAUGGGCAAAAAAAGGAGUGAGGAGAAAAUCAUUGAAGAAACAAACUAUUUGAGGGAAGUGUUUGAAGAAUUUCGGGGGAAACCAUUUGAUACUUCACAGCCAUUAAAUUAUGCCACCUCCAAUGUCAUCUCAGCCAUUGUGUAUGGAUGCAGGUUUCAAUACAGUGACCCUCAGUUCAAAGAAAUGGUUAACCGGACCAACGAGAACAUCAAGAUUAGUGGCUCACCUUCUAUUCAGAUAUAUAAUAUGUUUCCCUGGCUUGGAUGCUGGCUAAAGGACUAUAAGCUCAUGAUGAAAAACCGUGAGCAAAACCUAAAGCAAAUAAAGGAGCUUGUGGAAGAUUUGGAGGAGACACUAAGUCCUGAGGAAACCAGAGGCUUGAUUGACUCUUUUCUUAUACGCAAAAAGAAUUUAGAGACAGUUGGAGAUAAAGACACUUUGUUUCAUGAACAGAAUCUCAUUAUAACAGUUUCCAACCUGUUUGCUGCUGGUACUGACACGACUAGCACAACACUGCGGUGGUGCCUUCUGUUAAUGGCCAAGUAUCCUCAGGUUCAGGACCACGUCCAGGAAGAGAUUGACAGAGUCAUUGGAGGUCGUCAGCCACUGGUGGAGGACAGAAAGAAUUUGCCUUACACAGAUGCAGUGAUCCAUGAAACUCAGAGACUAGCUAACAUAGUACCCAUGAGUCUCCCCCACACCACUAGUUGUGAUGUUAAAUUCCAAGGCUUCUUCAUCAAGAAGGGUACCUGUGUGUUUCCUCUCCUGACAUCUGUGUUGAGGGAUGAGAGUCAAUGGGAGACCCCACAUACCUUUAAUCCAGCACAUUUCCUUGAUGAGCAAGGCAGAUUUAUUAAGAAAGAUGCCUUCAUGCCUUUUUCUGCAGGGCGCAGGGUGUGUCUGGGAGAGAGUCUGGCCAGGAUGGAGCUCUUCCUCUUCUUUACCUCCUUAAUGCAGCACUUCUGUUUCACUCCUCCACCAGGGGUGUCGGAGGAUCAGCUGGACCUCACUCCAGCUGUGGGCCUUACAUUGAACCCAUCUCCCCACAAGCUGUGUGCAGUUAGCCGUGCAUCACACAUGUACUCUUAAGACCUAAUUUACUAAAACACCCUUAAUUAUAUUCAAAAUGUUAUGAAACUUGUAAAUAUACUUACAAUUUAUGUAGUUAAAUAUGCUAAAAAAUAUAUUAUUCUAAUUUUUUGAUCAAGCAUUUGCAGAUAAAUUUGGAUAGUUGAUAACACAAAUAAAUAAAAUAAAAUUGUAAUAUAUAACUUACUGUGGAAUAUACUUUUAGUUUAAUUUUUAAUUUUGCUUAAUCAUCGGGGCUGAUCACAUAGCCCAGGAACGAAAUGAUGCGUUGGUGGAAUUCACACUUUUCUCCCCCUUCACGUACAGCUGGUGUUGCAGGAGGCACUGGAGAACCUGGCGGACAUAAGUCUUGAAUGAGGGGGAAUAGACUAACAGAACACCAGAUGUGUUUUCAGAAAGCACAUUCUUUCAUGUGGUUUCAACUGUGGUUUCACACGAAAGACCCAGCUGAUGUGGGGGAUGUGAUUGUCUGCUGCUUGGCCUUGGACAGGGGGUAAACUUGGCUGUGAGGGGAAGUGGUUCCAGGUAGCAGCUCUGUGGUGCAAUCGUAAGGAUGAUGUAGGGGUAGCCUGCUGGUCUUACUAAUUUCAACUUAUUGCUGUUCCCUACAGUUCCUCCCUUGGUUUCCCGGGGGGAACUGUAAACAAGGUGUGGUUCUCAGGGCUUUCUAUGGUGGUGGAUGCUAUGGUGAGCUCAGGUGUUUGGAAACCGUGAUUCAGGCAGUAUUGUGUAAGAAAUUAGCUGUUUAGGUUAAGCUGCCCACAUUCUCCAGCAAAAUAUGUAUGAGAUUUUGCAAACUUAAUAUUUUAAUAGCUGAACAACUAUUUGUCCAGCAAUAAGUUGAAAUUAGUAUAUAUUAGUAUAUCCCAACUUCUUGUGGAGAUGUUGGUAGAUGAGAGAGUUUCCUUUGUGUCAGGGGUUUUUAACCCUUUCCAGCUGGGCUGACCCCAAAGUGCUUGCUCCAGUCAGCAGAAUCUUGGGGCAGGGUGUAAACUGCAUUCUCCUCCUCUGACACUAACUCACUGGUCUCUGAGUUAUGUGCUUUUUCUAAGUUUUCACAAGGUAAAGUUAGAAAAAAGUUAGUUUGGUUAUGAAUUCUGUAACAUGGAUGUAACACAUUGUACUCCAAUUUACUUUAUCCCAACUCUUAGGAGAUUACACAACGUUCACACAUAUACCAAACAUCACAUACAUGCAGUUAUUGAUACACUCAUUAACACUAUAAAAUCUGUUAAAUGAUCAAGAGCAUCAUAAUGACCUAGUGGCUACAGACAUGAUACAUAUAAGGCAUGACAUUAAAAAGGCAACAAGUUUUCAAACUAUAGUAUAUUAAAUUUUAAAGGUCCUUGUUCUUCCAGGAGACGUAAAGUAAUCUUAUGCAGUCUGUUAAAGCUGGGUUCUAUAGAAUGUGCGACUGGUGGUGAGAUCAUGGUGAUAAUUGUAUUCCUGGGGGAAAGAACAAAGGUCUCAUUCCAGAAAGCUAGCCUGCAUCGAUUCAUUCUUGAGGCCUCCCUGGGUGAGUCACCCCCCCUUUUGGUUAUCAGAUUUAUGGCUUAGGGUCCUUGGGUGUCAUCCUGUUGACCAGCCUUCCAGUGUUGGCCAAUGGCCUAAAUCAAAAGGUUUGACAGGGUUCCUCUUGGCUGAGAUGGUUCAUAUUCUGGUCAGUGAUGUUCUAAUGUUUGCUUUGUUGUUCACAGGAUAGCUGAAGUUAGGCAAUAAUAGGCGGUAAUUCACUCCACAAAGUCUGUGAGUGGGGCUUCAUUGUUUUAUGAUGUUCUUGUUUUUCUUUCUUGCCUGUUCGCUUACAAUCUCCUACAAGUGAAACCAGUGGGUGAGUUGUUUAUCUGACCAGGAUAUUUCGGGAUUGUGUAGCUCCAUCCACGGCAGGCCCAGGACCACCAAAUGUUUGUGUGAAUGAUGGUGACCAGCAGCAUGAUGUGUUCAUGGUUGAGCGCACUGACCUAAAGGGGGGAGGGGCUGGGUACUGUCAGUGGUAGUGCCUCCCCUGAUGGGUCCCCCAACGAUGGCCUGGAUCUUCAGUGGGUAUGGCAGUGGAUGAGUGGGGAUGUUUAGACGGGUCAAGGUGUCUUUAUUGAUGAAGUUCCUCACUGCCCCCGGGUCGAUCAGCACUUUCAAAACAGAGAAUAAUCCUGGUGAGAGAGAGACUGGAACUGGAAUCACCUGCUGCGAGCUGGGGCCAUUGCUCCUGUUCACGGCUGGACAGCUUUAUUAGAGUCUAUGCAAACAGUCCAAAACACUAGGCAAAGGCAAUGUCAAAAACAGGCUUAGGUCAGGCUACCAGCAAACAGGAAUAACUAGAUAAGGCAAAACACAGAAAACAAGCAAUAAGAGCAAAGGUCAGACAAGGAAAUCAACAGCAGAGAUAACAGGCUUGGUAAUGUCAGAGAACAAAGGUAAACUAAGUGUAUACUUCACAAACUGUAAGUGAAUGAAAAUCUCUUAUAAAGGGUGCUUGUGAUUGUGUACAGGUGUGCAUAAUCAGAGGUCCAGUGAUUGAGAAUGAGGCAGUGUGUUAGUGUUCUGGGAAGUGGAGUCUGGAGUGGCCAUGUUUGUAGGCCACAUUGCAUGCUGGGGACUGGAGUUUGUUGUUGGGGUUUGCCUGACCCUACACAUUAGUAUACUUAAUGUGACUCUGUGAAUUUAAAGUGAAAGUGAAUUUACCUUCAUGCUAAAGGGACUUUUACCAAGUAAAAUGUGAAUGUUGAACUGUUAAAAAUAUAUUUCUGAAAAAAGUAAAGCUAAAAUUUUUUUACUGACAUUUUUUUCUAACACAAACAGGCCAACCUUGUAUGCAGGCACAAUUCUUCUGGAGCUACUCCACAUUCAAUCUUUGAAAUCUGAUGACUUUAGACGACCUAUUUGUUGCAGCUUCACAAACAUCCGCAAGUGACACUGCUCCUACUGACACCUUGGAGGUUGCCAUAUCAUGCAUUGAAUGGCAUUUAAUAGAAGAAGGUUCCUCUUGACUAGCUCCAGAGGCCAUUUAUUGCUUGACUGGACACAUUUUUAUCUGCAAGAGCAGGUAAAUUGAUAGGUUUAUUCAAUUCAAUUUUAUUUGUAUAGCUGUAAUGUGAGGCCCAAGGUGAGUCCAGGAAGGUGGAUGCAAAUGUAGAAUCUCUUUAACAAACAAAAAAAAGCAACUAAGAAACAAGCAAGGACUGGGAAAGAACUAAAAAAAAAAACUAGAACAACAAAGGGCUAGGGUAAUGCUAUUCACAGCAAGGCAAAGAAAAUUUGAACUUGAAAAGAAAAGCUAUUCAAAUGCAACCAGUAACCAAAACACAGACAAACAACCAAAGAGGGAAAAUGUGAAACUUAAAUAGGGUGACUAAUAGGGAAAUACAAAACAGGUGUGCACAGUUAAGGAAGGAAAUGGAGCAGACAACAAAAGAAGAGAUUCAAAAAGUGAGUGAAGGUGCACUCUGGUGGUCUGGGGAGGAAUUGUACCUGGUGCCCAGGACAAUAGCACAUUUAACAAUGGACAUUGUCACAAAGCAGCUUGAAGGAAAUAUAUAAAUUCCAGAUAUAAAUUUUAAAUUUAUCCCUAAUGACUGAGCCAGAGUUGACAGUGGCAAGGAAAAAAAUCCACUGAGACGAUAUAAGGAAGAAACACUGAGAGGAACCAGACUCAAAAGGGAACCCAUUCUCAUCUUUAUAAUAUUUAUUAAUAUGCUGUGAUAGGGUGUACUGUGCAAAUGCAUUAAAUAAUCCUGAAUCAGUUGAGCAAUGUGUUGUAUGGAAUAUAAAACUGGGUAAGGUGACAAACCCCAAAAGAAGAGUAAGAGUUUCUUUAAUAUUAAUCCAGUUCAGAUAAUUCUGAAAAGUUUCAAUAAGAUUUCUCUAUAAAUUCAUAUUAUAGCACAAUAGAGUAGAUAGUAUAUUGUCUAUUUUUUCUAAUUUUUGUAAAUUAUAGAACUGAGUUGUUCAAUUUGGUGUUAUAUUUACAUGAAAUUGUUUUAACUGAACAACUGAAUGUUUUAAAAUUGAAAUUGUUUUAAUUAGGCUUAUACAAAUUUACCAUUGUAUUAUAGGAAAAAGAUGUUAUGGACAGUAAUUAAUAAGAAAGUGUGCAUGUAAACAUUUCUAGUGCUGACAACAAAUGAGUGGCAGCUUUUUCUCCAAACACUGAAAAUAUGCUCACUCCAGUUUGGGGCACAUCACACCUUAGAUCACGCCUUAUUAUGAUUUGGCCACAACUUAAUUAUCUCAUUCCCAUGACUUAAUGUCCUCACAGUGACUUCUCAUUCCCAGGCAUUACUAAGUUCCAGCCACCCAAAGACUAUUGGUGGAUGUCAUAACACGGGUUUAAAGUGAAAACAAAAUGUCUCUGAGGCCCUCUUGUGGCUGGCUUUAUAUUACAAUUUCUAUUCCCACCCAUUCCUGUGUUAGUGAAUAGAUCCUUCAUAAUCCUUCCAUAAGUUCUUCACAAAUUAUUUUCAGGAAUAAUAUUCUGUCGUUUUGAAAAGUUCUUGAUAUAGAGAUAUCACAAUAUAUUGAAAUUGACCUUGAUAUAGAGAUAUCACAAUAUUUUUCCUUACAAUAAAUGUGUUUUACAGUAGUUAUUUCAUGAUCAUUAAAAGGGUGUGGUGAUGAGGUGACAGUUUUGGGCAGAAAUGACAGUCUAGUCUCAGGAACACACACACACACACCCACACAGACAUACACUUUCCAACACACUUCUGAAGCUCUACUGAGAAUAUAGCCCAAACUUCAUUUCAAAUCUUUCAAACUUUGUACCAUAGACGUACAGUGUUGGCAAUUUUGACAAAGCCAUGUCAUGUGAUAAACAUGAUAGAUUAGCUAAUGUCAGCUAGCUAGCAAAAGGUAGCUCAGUCAUGGCUCAAAAUCUUUUUCUGACAACAGUAAAAUCAAUAUACUUGCGAAAAUUAUAUGACUUCAGUUUAGCAACAAGUUUUACAUGUUAAUUAAUAAGAAUGUACAUAUCACUUUGAGUUGUUGUUAUUUGGGUAAUCUUAAGUUUUUUCACUUGUCAUAUGGCUGACAGUUAUGUGGGGAGUGUCCAUGACCACUAUUGGUGGGGGAGAGGUGGACCCACUGUCUGAACAGCUGUAUCUACUGACUACACUCUGGUUCCAGUGGUCUCUACCUCGCGGACUCUGAGAACCACAAUAAACAUAAUAACAAGUGCAAAUAUCUAUCUGAGUUUAUUGGGGACAAUUUACACAGACUUAAGACCUUCUUCUCUGUUAUUGAUUCUGUGCUCAGUCCCCCUGUCAAUAUUUUUCCUGAUGCUUCCGUAUCAUUAUGUGAACAAUUCUGUACAUUCUUUAACGAGAAAACCUCUCAAUUAAGAUCUAACCUGCCCUUGGGGAACUCUGUUCAACCUGAGAGAUCAAGUGGUCCGAUGCUGUGGAGCGAUUUUCAACCUGUUUCUUUUAAAUCCUCUAAAGGCAUUGUUGAACUUCUAAGAUCAACUUCAUCUUCUCAAGAUAUCAUUCCAUCUAGAUUUCUAAAACAGAUUUUCAAUACUGUUGGACAUGAUCUUUUAACUAUAUUUAAUACUAGUCUAACUACUGGGGUUGUUCCUGACUGCCUAAAAACAGCUACAGUAACUCCUUUAUUAAAGAGGCCCAAUCUUGAUUCUUCGAAUUUUAAUAAUUUUAGGCCUAUAUCAAACUUGCCACUUCUUUCUAAGAUUCUUGAGAAAAUUGCAUUGACUCAGCUGCAGUCUCAUUUGAUGUCAAAUAAUAUUUAGAAAAAUUCCUGCACUUUUAAAAGUUGUAAAUGAUAUUUUACUAGAAACAGAUAAAGGGAAUGCUGUGGCUUUGGUGCUUUUAGACUUAAGCUCUGCAUUUGAUAUGGUUGACCAUAAUAUCUUGAUUUCCAGGCUGGAGAGCUGUGUUGGGUUACAGGCAAGGUGUUGAAAUGGUUUCAGUCUUUUUUAACAAACAGAAGUUUUAGUGUCUCCAUUGGCCAACAUAGUUCGCCCACUUGCUUGUGGGGUGCCACAGGGCUCAAUUCUUGCCCCAGUUUUAUUUUCUAUAUUUAUGCUACCAAUGGGUGCUAUCUUAGAAAUAUGGAGUGUCCUUCCACCUAUACGCGGAUGAUACUCGGCUGUAUUUUCCCUUGCAGCAUAAAGGUAAAGAAUUCUUAGGACCUCUGUUGGAUUGCCUAAACGAAUUACAAAUAUGGUUAAAGCAGAAACUUUUAGUGGUAAACGAGAACAAAACCGAAAUCAUUUUGUUUGGUUUAAAGUUAUAUGAAGACUGUGCCCUUCAUUUUGGUCAUCUAUCUUUCUACUUUACACCCUGUGCUAAAAAUCUUAGUGUUUUUUUGAUUGCAACCUGGGUUUUGAGAAACAAAUUAGUGCAGUGGUCAAAUCAAGUUUCUUCCACUUAUGGCGUUUAUCAAAAAUCAAAUCUUUACUCUCUGUAAAACAGUUUGAACAGAUUAUUCACUUGUUUGUUCUAUCUUGUUUAGAUUACUGUAAUUCACUAUACUAUGGUAUAAGUCAGUCCUCUAUAAUGCAUUUACAGAUGGUCCAAAAUGCUGCUGCAAGGUUGCUACAGGCAGACAGAGGUUCGAUCAUAUCUCGCUCAUUCUUAUUUCACUAAACUGGUUACCAGUCAAAUUUAGAAUUUUUUUUACAUUUUUAACUUUUGUUUUUAAAUCUCUGCAUAAUCAAGCCCCACCAUAUCUCCCUGAGGCAAUCUCUACUCAUAAACCAAAUAGGUCCCUAAGAUCCAGUAAUCUUGGUCUCCUCUCUGUCCCUAGAUCGAGGUUCCAUUGCAGAGGUGAUCGAGCCUUCGCUGUUGCCGGUCCUAGCCUAUGGAACAAAUUACCAGCUUCUAUUAGAGCUGCGCCUUCUUUGCCAGUAUUUAAAUACCUGCUUAAAAAACAUCUUUUAACAAUAGCUUUUAUUUAGCCAUGUCAAUUGUAUUGCUGUUUUGUGGUUUCUUAUUUGUUUUUUAGCUCUAUUGUACAGCACUUUUCACACAACCGGUAGUUGUGUGAAAGUGCUUUAUAAAUAAAGAACGAAGAAGAAGAAGAAGAGAAAGAUUGCAUGUCAAUUUUUUAUUUAGGCUUGUGUCUGUGGCAUGUUAGCCAAAAAAUAUAAACUUGUCAACACAAAUAUGCUUGGCAGCUUUCCAGCACAUUAGUUCAGUUUUGCUCACAGCCGCAUAUACACUGCUAAGGUAGAUAGAGAGAAAGAGAUCGCCUUAAUAUAUGGGGACAACAGGGCUCAUGUGAGCAAUGCCAAUUGUUACACCAGCAGCUCAUCCACCAAAUACCACCCUAAAACUGCAGGCCCCUGCUAAACUCCCAACUUCUACGACAUGUUUUAGAUUAUUUGUAAUAUGUUUGAAAGUAUAUUGCAUAAGUAUGGUCUUAAUCAAUAUGUUUGAGAGGUACAUUACUUGCAGCAGUCAGGUCCUGGGUAAAGCACACAGCUUGUGAGGAGAGGUGUUCAAUAUGAAGCCCACAGCUGGUGUGAGGUCAGACACCCUUGGUGGGGGACUGAAACAGAAGUUCUACAGUAAGGAGGUGAAAAAUAGGAAGAGCUCCAUCUUGGCCAGACUUUCUCCCAGACACACCCUGUGCCCUGAGUAAGAAUAGCAAUAGAAAAUUGGGAAAGGAAACAUCAUUUUUUGUUCAUCCACUAUAUGAAUAAAGAUCUUUCUUUAUUGUGAUACCUGCAGAAAAUGGCAUAAAGGCAUCUUUCUUAAGAAAAUUUCCAAUUUCAUCAAGGAAGUGGGCUAGGUUGAAGGUUUGGGGGCUCUCCCACUGACUCUCAUCCCUUAGCACAGAUUUCGAUAGUGGUAUUACACAGGUUCCCUGAAAUAACAAUAAUAGUAAUAAAUAAUAAAUAGUAAUAAUGAAACAUAUACUAUCAUGCACCUCAAAGUGCUUUGAAUCAUACAAAGCAAAUCCACACGAUAAAGUAAUGAUGAUUAUGGAUACAAUCCCAUGAAUAAUACAAGACAGAAAUGAAUAAGACAUUAUUCAUAAUAUUCAUAGACACAAAAAUGAAUAAAAUCUAUGUUUUAAAACAUUGUAGAUACAUUAAUUGUAAAAGGAGAAAAGAAGCCACAAAUAGAAGUAUCAAUAGAACACCAGAUAAAUCUGAUGCUUUCAACUGCCUUUUAAAAUACAAAGCAAUGAAUAUCAUUACUUUAUAUAAAUUUUUAAUCAUGAAUAUUCAGACAUUAUUUAAUUACAGAAAUACUAGUGAUCCAACUUUUAAAACAAUGGAUAUUUGAAAACUGAUUGAUUUAGACUAAUGAUGUCUUCAGCAACUUGUAUACUUGUGUGUCAUCAACUAUGGAAACUGACUCCCUGUUCAUUUACCUGCACCUAGAUGCAUCAUGUACACUGAUAUUAAAAGUAAAGAGUACUAUGGUACUCUGUAUGGUGUGCAUCUGGUACACCAUAAUGAAUGUCAAGUAUAAGACACAGUAUCCUAAUCAAUAUACUGUCAUCAAGUUAAAUAUGUAACUUGUUUAAAACAGGUCUGGAAAUGGCAAUCUGUUUCUCGAAACCUGUUUGAUAUGCAGUACUUAUAUCAGGAGAAACAAUAAAUGAAACAUUGACUAUUCAUGCCCAGGAUAUCCCACAUACAAAAUAACA